GAAGUGCGCCGCGGAAGGGGGAGAGGGGAAACGGCGGACCUAGGUGUGUCAGGAAGGGGCGCACUCGUCUGACGGUGCGGGGCAGUUUCGAGGGCAGACAGCGCGGCCUGGGCAAGAGGUGGGUGAGCGAGGGCAGAGUUUGCUCAGGCCGGGGAAGGCGCGUGCCCGGUGCGUGUGAAGGAGAGGGAGACGUGUGCGUGAGAAAGAAGGACGCGUCCGGAUUUCCAGCUGCCGGACAGCAACUCCUCGCCAUCCUGCGCGCCCCUUUGGGGCAACCGGGGGACUUUAGGAAGCUUCCUUGAUAGCUCGGGAGGGAGAUGGCGGGGCCCUCCGCAGGGCAGGAGGGUGCCCGCCUGGCAUAGAGGACCCCAGCCCGGGCGGCGGCUGCCAGCCGUCCCUGGAUGCUGCUGGAGUCGCCGCAGCCCCUGGGGUGCCCCCCGCCGCCCCCUGCGUGCCCCCCGUCAUGGCUGCCGAGGUGCGACUGAAGAAGCUGGGAGAAGUGGUGCUGGACCCGCGCACGGUGGGCCUGGAGACCUUGGUGGAUCUGCUGCUCUGCGUGCAUCACGAGCUGAGCACCUCGCCGCUGGCCCAGGAGAAGUAUAUCAUGGAGUUCUUACAGUGGGCGGAGCCAGUGACCUCCAGACUGAAAGAGCUCCGGCUACAACGGGAUGAUUUUGAGAUCCUCAAAGUGAUCGGGCGGGGAGCCUUCAGCGAGGUGGCGGUGGUGAAGCUGAAGAGGACGUCCCAGGUGUAUGCCAUGAAGAUAAUGAACAAAUGGGACAUGCUGAAGCGGGGUGAGGUUUCCUGUUUUCGAGAGGAGCGGGACGUCUUGGUGAAUGGAGAUAAGCGCUGGAUCACACAGCUGCAUUUUGCUUUCCAAGAUGAGAAUUACCUGUAUUUAGUGAUGGACUACUACGUUGGGGGUGACCUCCUGACGCUACUGAGCAAAUUUGGGGAUCGCAUCCCUAUGGAGAUGGCCCGGUUCUACUUGGCCGAGAUGGUGAUGGCCAUUGACUCGAUCCACCGGAUGGGUUAUGUGCACAGAGACAUCAAACCAGACAACAUCCUUCUCGACCGAUGUGGACACAUCCGGCUCGGAGACUUUGGCUCCUGCCUCAAGCUCCGUGAUGAUGGGACGGUCUGCUCGACGAUAGCGGUGGGCACUCCAGAUUACCUCUCCCCCGAGAUCUUGCAAGCGGUGGAAGAUGGAGCCCAUUCCUACGGCACGGAGUGCGACUGGUGGUCCCUUGGGGUUUUUGCCUACGAGAUGUUCUUUGGGCACACCCCUUUCUUCGCUGACUCCAUUGUGGAGACCUAUGGCAAGAUCAUCCAUUUCAAAGAGCAUUUCCGUUUCCCCCUCUCGGCCCCGGAGGUCCCGCAGGAAGCUCUGGCCUUAAUCGAAGGGUUGAUCUGUCCCCGGGAGAUGCGGCUGGGGCAGAAUGGGGUCCGGGACUUCCAGGAGCACCUCUUCUUCGCGGGCAUGGACUGGGACACCCUGCGGGACUGCAUGCCAUCCUUUGUGCCCGAGUUUGCCAACGCCACAGACACCUGCAACUUCGACGUGGUGGACGACUGUCUCACUGACAUGGUGAGCGGGGGAGGGGAGACCUUGUCAGAUGUGAUUGAGAGUUCUCCGCUCGGGGUUCACCUGCCCUUCGUGGGAUAUUCCUACACCUACAUGGCAGCGAAACAGAAUGAGCCAGAGGAAAGAGGCCGUGCGGACAUCAGCAUGGAGGUUGAGAGCACUAGGAGGACCUUGGUGGGGGAACAGACACCCCAACACCCCCCUGAGGAACUGGCCUGCAAACUGCCGGACGGGCAGAAGCUGAACCUGGCCACUUUCCUAGAGUUGCAGUCGGUGCUUGAGGAGGAGCUGAGGAGCCGGGAGAUGCUGCAUCAGGAACUCAGCAUGGUCAAGGUGGCCAACCAGACCUUUGCCAGCCAACUAAAGGAAGCCGAGAGCCGCAACUUGGAACUGGAAGCUCAAAUCAAACGUUUGGAGGAGCAAAUUGAAGGGAUGAAACCGAUGAGUGAGGAAGCUACUCUGGGGUGGAGCACUCAUUGGCCCCCCAACCGCACCCACCCUUUCUUGUGCUGCGUGGAGCGCCCAGCUGAUCAAGGCGGCACCGUGGUGUCUCGGCUCUGUGAAUAUCCGCUUGUGGUACCUCUGUACCGGCACUUGCUGCUGUUUUCCAGGGUACAUAGGCCCUGCAUUGUCAAGGUGGGAUACCUGCUCCUAUGCACUGGUGGAUUCGGACUUGAGGCCUCUACUCGGAGCCCAGUGGGAGUGGUCUGAAGGCUGUCAGUGGGGUGGGGGGUGGGAGCUCUGCUGCCGCUGGGUUUGGUGAGCCCCUGCCAGGUGUCUGGGAAACUCCUUGAUCAGUCGCCAAAAGAGAUCUUGGACUCGGAGGAGUGACAGCUCUGUUUUCCUUGUGCCCCAGCACAGAAGGGCACCCUUUCCAACCCAGGUGCAGGCCGAAUGAAUGACUGGCCGCCUCAUCUCUGCUUCCUCGCUCACUCAUUCCCCAGGCCUUCUCUUUCCUACUCUCACAACUCAUGAUCAGGACAAUUGUGCUGCUGCUCAGCAAGGGAUACCCCACCUUAGAUGAUGGGGUAGCUAAGGAGGAAUUUUCUAAAGGGCUACAUGGGGCUAGAGAAUCCAUCAGAGAGCCCCCCCUUCAACCACCACCUCCUCCCAUACCUUUUAUCCUUAAGACUCUGCCUAAGAGAGAGUGAUGGGCAAAAUCCAGGAAUCCAGCCUUUGGGCAACCUGAGACCACAGACCCUGCUGUAGAACCCAGGAGCCCAGCAUCCCCUGUGCUUAACCCCUUGCGGGGGGGGAAUCCAGGGCUCCCACCUUCUGGCCCUUCUAGUCAACCCCAAUAUCCCCUCUUCAAAAUGGGAAGAAAAGCCACCCAUUUCCAAGCUCCCACUCUGUCUGCAUUUGACUUUCAAUGUGCCCUGUGGCUGUUUCCGAGAGGUGAAGGCUGCAGGGGUUUCAUGGCAAGCGCCGCCUUGGGGGACUCCACUUCUGCCACUGCAGUGAGCCACUUCUGCUUCCCCAUUUUGAGGGAACAGAGGGGCCCCUCUGAUCACAACUGCUUACCCCGAUGACCUACGGCUGCCUUGCACCAGCUUCCCCUUGGGAGUUUGGGGCCAUGAAAGCCAGCAGAGGGAGGGCUGCCGGAAGAGGCCUGUCAUGUCUGCUGGGCCCAGAGUCGGGCCUCCCUUCCUUCUAGAGGACAUCCCUGAAUUGGUGGAAUGUGUGGGUCUGCACAGGCAAAGGCUAUCACCGGUGCCUCCAAGUCACGCUUUGACCCUGGGAUUUGCUAUAGGCGAAGACGAGGACAGUCUCUGCGAGGGGAAGCACUGGCAGUGCCUGUCUGCGCUCCAAGGCUUAGGCCGGGCCUUGGACCAGAGUGGAAAACUCUUUAUGCCUCAGCUCACUUGAUGGUCAUCAGGGCGGGAUGCCAACAAAAAUGACUCGCACACUUAUGAUACCAGGUGGCAGCACCAAUCCUUUCUUGCUCCACACUGCCACACACACAAGGUUCUUAGUAAUUUAUUUGGAAUUGUGGUGUUUAGUUGUAAAUCUUAUGACCCCCUUGAGCAGCAGGGGUACCUGUCUGUUCCAUGCCUUUUCCAAAACCAAAGGGAAGUUGCGUGUGCAUGUUUCCAAAAGGAAAGUGCACAGAACAAGACUCAGCUCGAGGGGGCAAGCCAUGCUAGUUUCAGGUUUUGCACAAUGCUCCUCUCGGUCUCUUGGCACCUCCCCUGCCCCCAUAUUUAUUAUUCUUCCUCUUCCUGUCCCCUCCUUUGUGAAAUAAUAUGGUACAUUGGGGAUGGAUGCAUGAGAACACUGUACAUUUGCGACAAUGUGAGUUAAGGAUGCUCCCUCUUCAGAGAUGAAAUAAAACCGAAUUACUAUA